AUGUUAGAGAAGAAUUUCACUCAGGUGACCCUCUUCAUUCUCUCUGGAUUUGCAGAGCACCCUGAACUACAAGUCAGUCUUUUCUUGGUGUUUUUCUUUAUUUAUCUCUUCACUGUUCUGGGCAACCUUGGUCUCAUCAUGCUGAUCAGAACUGACUCUCAGCUUCACACACCCAUGUACUUUUUCCUUAGUAACUUAGCAUUCAUUGAUAUAUUUUACUCCUCUACUGUGACACCCAAGGCACUGGUCGAUUUUCAGUCUAACCAGAAAACCAUCUCCUUUGUGGGCUGCUUUGUUCAAAUGUACUUUUUUGUGGGUUUGGUAUGUAGUGAGUGUUUCCUUCUUGGGUCCAUGGCCUAUGACCGCUACGCAGCCAUCUGCAAUCCCCUGCUGUAUCCGGUGGUGAUGUCCCAGAGAGUGUGCCUCUGGCUGGGGGCCAUACCCUACAUGAUAGGCUUCACCAACUCUCUGAUAUCCAUCUGUGUGAUAAGCAGCUUGCCCUUCUGUGAUGCCAUCAUCAACCACUUCUUCUGUGAUACCACAGCUCUUCUGGCUCUUUCCUGUGUAGAUGCGUUCAACACAGAGUUGGUGAUCUUUGUUUUAGCUGGAUUCACUAUUCUUAGUUCACUCCUCAUCAUCACCAUCACCUACAUCACCAUCAUCUUGGCCAUCCUGAGGAUCCAGUCUGCAGCAGGCAGACAGAAGGCCUUCUCCACCUGUGCAUCCCACCUCAUGGGUGUCACUGUCUUCUAUGGAUCCCUGAUUUUCACUUAUUUGCAGCCUGAUAACACAUCAUCCCUGACACAGGCCCAGGUGGCUUCUGUGUUCUACACCAUCGUCAUUCCAAUGCUGAAUCCACUUAUCUACAGUUUGAGGAACAAAGACGUGAAAAAUGCUCUCUUGAGAGUCGUACAUAGAAAGGCUUUGUCAUGA